AGACGGUCGAAGGAAGUUUGUCCGGUGGUGCUGAAAGAAACUUUCCCCGGAGCUGUAAGAGGAGUGUGGAUUCAGGAGAACAGCGCAGCUGGGGAAACGGAGCCAGCUGUGGAUGGAAGCAUUUAUUUUACCUUCGGUACGAUUAAGCGAAGGAACAGCCUUGGCUUGGUAGGAGCGCAAAGGAAUUUGCUCCCGUUUCAAAUCCCUUUCUCCCCCUCGCCCUUCUCGAUUUGAGAUGGGGAAGGAGCAGGAACUCCUUGAGGCGGCGCGCACUGGGAAUCUUGCCGCCGUUGAGAAGCUUUUGUCAGGGAAACGACAGUCCACAGGGAUCGGUGGUGGAUCGUCGGGAUCCGCUGGAAGCAGCAGCAGCGGUGGCCACAGUUCUUCUCACCCCCUCUCCAGUUUACUCAGUAUUUGGAGGGGCCCCAAUGUGAACUGUGUGGACAGCACUGGAUACACUCCUCUUCACCAUGCAGCACUCAAUGGACACAGUGAAGUGGUGGAGCUACUACUGCGCAAUGAGGCCCUCACCAACAUGGCCGACAACAAAGGCUGCUACCCGCUACAUCUGGCUGCCUGGAAGGGUGAUGAACGCAUCGUCCGGCUGCUCAUCCACCAGGGUCCCUCGCACCCCAAGCUUAACGAACAGAGCUCUGUAGACCACAGAGAGUUCAAACGCUGUGGCCCGUUUGACCCCUAUAAUAAUGCCAAGAACAACGACAACGAGACGCCGCUGCACUGCGCGGCGCAGUACGGUCACUCGGAGGUGGUGCGGCUCCUGCUGGAGGAACUGACCGACCCGACCAUGCGCAACAACAAGUUUGAGACGCCGCUGGACCUGGCGGCGCUGUACGGGCGUCUGGAGGUGGUGCGGCUGCUGCUCAGCGCACACCCCAACCUGCUCAGCUGCAACACCAAGAAGCACACGCCGCUGCACCUGGCCUCGCGCAAUGGACACCUGCCCGUGGUGGGGGUGUUGCUGGACGCCGGCAUGGACAUCCACUACCAGACUGAGAAGGGCAGUGCCCUCCACGAAGCUGCUCUGUAUGGGAAGACGGAUGUGGUGCAGAAGCUUCUGAGUGCAGGUAUUGAUGUGACCAUCGUAGACUCUAAGGGCCUGACGGCGCUGGACACUGUCAGGGAGAUGCCGUCUCAGAAGAGCAGGCAGAUCGCCAGCCUCAUUCAGAGUCACAUGACAGGAAAUGCCCCUGAUAUGGCCCUGCCCCCUCCCCCAAUUCCACCCCCUCAGGAGAACCUCAGUCCCAGGAGAAAAGGUGAGGUGGAGCAGCAAAUGAGUGAGCUGAUCUCCGGCCUGUCGGGAGACCCUGAGGAAGAGAGCCCGUACGAGGCCCUGUACGAGGCCACCUCUUGCCACUCCCUCGACAGCCUGGCCAGCGGCAAGUCCUCCGACCGCGACUCCGGACGACCGGACAGCGAGGCCGGCAAAGUAAGGCCGCAGUGCCAUCGCCUCAUCAGAGAAAAGGCUAAAGAUCGGCUACCUCCUCCAUCACAGCCUGGCCCUGGUCAUGAAGAGGAAGGCAGCUCAGAGGCUGUGUACACCAACAGCAGUAUAGAUGAGAGAGGAGAGAUGGUGGAUGAGGAGGACCACACCUACGAGCUUCUGCUCUCUGCCGAGACCAAGGUCCCCUACACAGAGCCCCAUGAACCGUCCUCACAAACCGAAGAGGAAGCCAAAUCCAAGUCUUCUAACAGCCUUCUACCUCAGCAGCGGAAGCCCUCUGCACCCAGUGACCUCCGACCCCCGGGCCCAAGCAGUGACACCCUCCAUCCCCCUGCGCCCGUGCUGGGGCCUGGUCGGCAUAAGACCACCGGAGAGAAUUCCCAGGACCUGGCCGGCGUUGUUCCCGAGCAGUUCACAGGCCUCCUGCACGGCUCGUCGCCGGUCUUCGACUGUCGAGAGGAGCCUUUCAAAGUCCCCAGUGCGACGACAUCCUCCUCCUCCUCUUCCACCGUGCACGGACGAGACGCGGACGCAGACGGCGUUGACAGGGGCGAGGACGUGCCCUCUCACCCGCCCCCUCCACCGGCAGCAGCAGCUGUGGCAGCGGCGGCAGCCAUGUCCGCAAUCCUCUCAGACUGUGACCCCAAAGCCAUCUACGCCACUGUGAACAAGGACCACUCCGGAGUCGGGGCUUCGGCCUCGGCGUCGGGCACCCCUCGGAUGCGUCCGCCCGGGGACCUGAAGCUGGCCCGCAGCCUCUCCAAGUCCGACUCCGACCUGCUGGUGUCACCCCCCAGCGAAGAGGAGGGUGGCUUGGGCAACCGCAGCGAGUCCGUCUCCAACUGCAGCACCAGCAAGAGAAGGCUGGAGAAGUCGCCAUCCUUCACCUCUGAGUGGGAUGAGCAGACUCUGAUGUCUUCCAGCGCAAAGCCCAGGAGGUCUCAGUCCUGUCACAGUAUUGAGAAGAUCAUGACGCUGAUUGGCGCUGGCAUCGACUUCUCCCGAGACCAGCAGUACACCGCCUCAGCAGGUGGCACCGGCGGGCGGCUGCUGGACCAACCCGUGGGCGACUGGCUGGAGCAUGUGGGCCUACCCCAGUACGAGAGCAAGCUGCUGCUCAACGGCUUCGAUGACCUCCACUACAUGGGUAAUAAUGUGAUGGAGGAUCAGGACCUGCGGGAGAUUGGCAUCUCAGACCCAGGCCACCGGAGAAAGAUCCUGCAUGCAGCUCGCUCUCUGCCCAAGGUGAAGCCUCUGGGCUGUGACGGCAGCACGUCGCUCUCGUCCUGGCUGGACACGCUGGGCCUGCAGGAGUACCUGCACAACUUCCUGUCCAGCGGCUACCGCACCCUCGAAUGCGUCAAGAACCUGUGGGAGCUCGAGAUUGUCAAUGUACUAAAGAUUACGCUGCUGGGCCACAGGAAGAGAAUCAUUGCAUCACUGGCUGAGCGCCCCUACGAGGAGCCGCCCGUCAAACCCCCACGACUCUCCCAGAUCAGAUGCCAGGACCUGAUGUCGCAGACGUCCUCCCCUCUCAGCCACAUGGACUCCUACACGGGCCGCUCCAUGGACCCGCUCCUGCCCCCCGGGGAUUCUGGGAGGAGGCGAGGAGCGCCCGAGCCGGAGUACGACAUGGUGCAGCGGCCUCGCAGCGAGCGGCUUUACUCUCACGAGCGGUACGAGGACCGGCACAGAGAGCCUCGCCUGACCUUGCGACCCCCCAGCCUGGCUGCGCCGUACGCCCCCGUCCAGAACUGGCACCACCAGCCGGAGAAGCUCAUCUUCGAGUCCUGCGGCUAUGAGGCUAACUACCUGGGCUCCAUGCUCAUCAAAGACCUGCGGGGAACAGAGUCCACACAAGACGCCUGCGCUAAAAUGAGGAGGUCGACGGAGCAGCUGAGGAAGGUCCCCACCAUCGUCCUCUCCAUCACCUACAAAGGGGUGAAGUUCAUCGACGCAGCCAACAAGAACAUCAUUGCAGAACAUGAGAUAAGGAACAUCUCGUGUGCAGCUCAGGAUCCGGAGGACCUGUGCACCUUUGCUUACAUCACCAAGGACCUGCAGACCAGCCACCACUACUGCCACGUCUUCAGCACAGUAGACGUAAACCUGACCUAUGAGAUCAUCCUGACCCUGGGACAGGCGUUUGAGGUGGCCUAUCAGCUCGCACUGCAGGCGCAGAGGACCAAAAAGCAGCAGGGCAUGCCUGGGGGCGCGGGGUCGGAGGUCAUAGAGACGAAGACCAGCCGACCGGUGCCCAAACCACGGGUUAGCAUGAGGAAGUCGGGGGACUCUCCUCUGCUCGACAGCCGCUGCUGUUACUGUCACACGUGCACCACCCACCGACCUUCCUUCCUCCCGCUGCACUCUAGCAGUCCUGCUGCCCAGGUGGACCCUAUGGAGCUGGAGGCGGACUCGCAGUCUCAGAACAGCGCCACAUGGCUGGUGGAUCCCAAGGACUCCAAGCGCACCAUCAGCACCAACUGAAGCUGUGUUGGUGUGGGAGAGGUGAACAGUCUGCAUGUCGGUGGGGUUGGUUUCGGUGUCAGUAGGGUAACCAAUAUACCCCAGGGCUCCACCAACACCUAGAGUUAACCCUCACCAGCUGUCCGCAGCAGUAAACGGCAUUAAAAUUCAAACACUGACAUGAGAGGACUUACUCCAUCCAUUCCCCCUUUCAACCUCCACCCUCCACCAUCUUGACCCAGCCACUGAGAACAAAACACAACACAUCACAACACAAACUAUGGAAGGAGCUGCCGUGUUAGUGAACCAGAAUUCUCAGGGUCGGGCUCACCUGCAAGCAUGAAUUGGAACACUAACUCCGCUGACCCUAAACCCCCCGGCAGGCAGCGGCAUGACUCGGCUCUCAUUGCAAGCUUGGUGUGUGACGUCAUCCCAUCACACGGGCAUAUUCAUCUCACCUUCAGAGUUUACUGGAGAAUGGACACAACACUCAUUUCCCCCUGACUGUGUGUGUGUGAGAACAGGGAGAUAUGAAGGCCUCCAGGCAGGCCGUAAAGGGGCAGUAUAAAAGAGUUCCUCAGGUCAUAUUAGAUGUUCUGGGCAUUCCCUCUAAGCCAAUGUGAAUUGAUGAAAAACAGUCUUGUUCCAAUGGUUAAACGAAAUGCAGCUCUUUUUAGAUAUAGAGUGCAUCUAUAGCAACGACCCAUCACAGGUUGUAAAACAGAGUAACUGCUUAUGACCUGUUCACCCUGGUUGACACCCAGGUGAAAUGGUUAUGGUGAAGACACGCUGUGCAUUAUUUCGUUCAUACCACCUGAAAUUUGUCUAUUUGUAGUUAUUGAGAGAAAGGUACGAUGUUAAUGUCUGUGACUUUACAUAGGACUAUUUGCCACCCCGUCUAAAUUUGUGCAAUACUGGACUGGGAGUCGCAUUUCUAAGUAGCACUACCAUACUGCAUCUGCACCCUAUUGAGUGCAAUUGUUCAAGGGUCAUUCAAAACUAUGGUACAUACACACCCACUUUAUGCCCAAUUCUUACAGUGAAAUAUAUUGAUGAUUUCUUCUAGACAUGUGUAAUUGAGUUAUAAACUGUGAUCCUAAAUCGAAUAAGGCUUCUCUUUGCCAUUUGAGACCAGUUGACAUCACUGAUCAUCACUUCCUGGAUGGAUGCAUUUUGGCUUUUUUAAAUAUAUAAUCAGGAGGUAGUAGAGCUUUUAAAGAGUGAAUGGUCAACCAAGCUUUUCUAUCUUUGUCAUGUUUUAGUGGUUUACUCACUCGGAAGUUAGGUGUCCGUCUAAUGAAAUGAGAAGUUUUAAAAAAGGAAAGAAAACAAAAUAAAAUCAAAUGAAAGCAAAGGAAAGAGCCACAAGAACAGUUUUGG